ACCUUGAAAACCGAACGGAGGCGUGGAGAAAGUGGGAGGCUAGCAGUUAAUGUUCACCGCUUUAUAUCCCAUCACCUCUCGAGAUUCGGAAAAGUCAUUUCAAACCCUCUCCAUCUGAACCGUAGAUUCUGCCAAACGUAAUAAAGACCGUUAGAUCGAGUAAGCUGAAUCUAAAUAGGAUAAGAACUAAUCAUUAUCUUAACGAAAAGAUAAGAUCGAUAGCUAGAUUCUAGCUUCCGAGACAAAGGAUUUUAUUCGGAAGCUGGGGGCAACUGUUGGACCCGAAUAUGACCCUCAGGUGAGGUACCGAUAAGCGUGAGCUAGCAUGUGGGUUGCGAUAAGCCCAUCAUAACAAAGGGAGCUGAAAGCCGAGCUGACGACUGGACCUGGGAGACAUCAUAGCAGAGGUCACGACAGAAAGUGAGCUAACACCUUAAGAGACUCGGUCAAGAGGAGCCUAAAGCGAGUUCCGUAAUUGAAGCCGAAUAUCUCGGAGAACAGUUGAAGGGUUGCCAACGAAACCUAGACUAUAUAAAGACGGAGAAGAUAAAAGACAAGCCAUCCCUUUUCCAUAUAUCAACUUUUGUACUAGAUUAAAAGCAUUACGUAUUCUUUAGUAAUCAUCUCAAGAUACAUUCCUUUGUAUUCAUCAUCUUUCAACUCAUCAAUAAAAUCAUAUUCAUUCUUCAAGUUUAUUUACGGGAUUCAGCCCACGAUUCUCAUUCAUCUCUCUUGACCUAACCUAAAUCUAAGAAGUGAAACCUUGUCUCUCACAAACGGGAGCUAUGAGGAAGCCAUGGAACACUUCCUGGCAUCUCAAGUAGACAUCACACAUGUACUUUCCAUGUACCCAUCCAUUAUUCUUCCUAAAACAACAAUGAUUCCUGAACCAGAUAAGAAUGUGGACAUCUCUGGGGAUGAAGCUGCUCUGUCUAGAGGCUCAUCCGGCUUUUCGGAUGACAUGGAGUCUUCCUCUCCUCGAUAUUUAUUCGAAUCUGAAGGCAAUGCAGCUCUUGAAUCUAAGAAAAUGAGUCACAACACUCUGAUGGCUCUUAUAAAGUACUUGCAGAAGAGGAGACCUGGUAUGAUAGAGAAGGCUACUUCUGAAGGAACAGAAGAGGUUAUUUCAGAUGCUGUUGGCAAGUCUAAGAAGUCCAACAGGGGACGUGGUGUGAGUCCGCUUAACUCAGGUGCCAGGGAGAUGGCAGCAACCCUUGACACAGCUCUUCUGCAAGCACUUCUACACACUGGCCAGUCCGGAGCUGCUGUAGAUUUAUUAAAGGGUGUUAACUACUGUGACGUAAACAUCUGUGAGGAGAUUCUCAUGACAAGUAAAAAUUACCCUGCACAGUUGGAAUUGUUCAAGAGCAAUUCGAUGCACCAUGAAGCCCUUAAACUUCUUAAACAGCUCUUGGAAAAGUCCAAAUCAAACCAGUCACAAACUAAUGUUACGCAGAUGUUUAGUCCUGAGUUGAUCAUUGAAUAUCUCAAGCCUCUCUGCAGGACUGAUCCAAUGCUUGUGUUGGAGUACUCUAUGCUUGUCCUUGAAAGCUGUCCAACACAAACUUAUCUGGAAACAUCUCUGCAGACCUUGUCAAUUCGUAUCUGAAGCAGCAUGCUCCGAACAUGCAGGGUAGAUAUUUAGAGCUUAUGAUGGCAAUAAAUGAAACCGCAGUUUCAGGGAAUCUCCAUAACGAGAUGGUGAGGAAUAAUAGCACUUAUGUGGAAGCAUUUUCAAUGAGUAACAGUUUGGAUGAUGUUAACAGGUACAAAUCUACCUUUCGGAAGUGCUUGACUUGCAUGCUUCUCAAAGCGCGCAGCAGAAAUGGGAUGACAAGGAUCAUCAUCCUCCUGAAAGGAAGAAACUAUUUUCUGCGUUAGAGAGCAUCUCUGGAUAUAAUCCACAGACUUUGUUGAAGCGUCUUCCGCAUGAUGCUCUCUUUGAAGAGCGUGCUGUUAUAUUGGGGAAAAUGAAUCAGCAUGAGCUCGCUAUGUCGAUCUAUGUUCAUAAGCUUCAUGCACCUGAUCUGGCGCUAGCUUACUGUGAUCGUAUAUAUGAGUCCAUAUCUUAUCUACCAUCUGGAAAACCGUCGAGCAGUAUCUACCUCACACUGCUUCAAGUAUACCUGAAUCCUAAGAAAAGCGCAAAGGACUUUGCAAAGCGUAUUGUAGCUCUAGGAUCAUUCGAAAGUUCAGACACAACGAAGAUGAUGGAGUCUGUUUUGUCUUCAAAAGUUAAAGGAGGCCGGUCCAAGAAAAUUGUAGCGAUAGAAGGUGCUGAGGAGAUCCGAGCUGGUCUCAGUAGCAGCACUGACAGUGGAAGAAGCGACGUUGAUGCUGAAGAACCCUUGGAGGAAGGAAACUCCAGCGUUAUGAUAUCUGAGAGUUCUUGAUCUGUUGAGCCAAAGGUGGGAGAGGAUCAAUGGUGCGCAUGCUCUUAAGAUUUUACCUAGAGAAACUAAACUCCAGGUGAAGUGUUUUGAAUCUGACUUGUUUACCAUUUUGUUGAGGUUUUGAAUCAGUUCUUUAUGGAAUCCCUGCAGAACCUGCUUCCGUUUCUUGCACCUCUUCUCAGAAAUUCAAGUGAAGCACACAGGAACUUUUCAGUUAUCAAGAGUUUGAGGCAGAGUGAAAACUUGCAGGUAUGUUUGUGUUGAUGGAUGAAUCAUAAACCCUUAGGAUUAUAUGUUAUUCAUCGUAACAGAGGAAAAUGUGUGUGAAAGAAGUGUACAAACAUAGGAAGGGAGUGGCGCAAGUAACAACUAACAAGCGAGAGCAUGUGUUCAUUGUGCAAUAAGAAGAUUGGGACAAGCGUGUUUGC